AUGGCCAUGGCUGGCGUUAUGCUAACCGGGCUUGGCAGCUUGGCGGCCGCCCAGUCACCUACCUGCACCAAGCUCUCCUCCAACCAAACCUACGACUACAUCAUCAUCGGCUCCGGCGCUGGAGGUGUGCCCAUUGCCGACCGCCUCAGCGAAGCAGGCCACACCGUCCUCCUCAUUGAGAAGGGUCACCUUUCCAGCGGUCGUUGGGGCGGCACCAUGAAACCAGCCUGGCUCACUGGCACAAACCUCACGCGCUUCGACGUCCCAGGUCUCUGCAACCAGAUUUGGGCCGACCCUGUUGGCGUCUCUUGCACUGAUAUCGAUCAAAUGGCCGGCUGUAUCCUCGGCGGCGGCACCGCUGUCAACGCUGGGCUGUGGUGGAAACCCCACCCUGUAGAUUGGGACAGCAACUUCCCUACUGGUUGGCAGAGCAAGGACAUGGAAGCAGCUACGCAAAAGGUCUUCUCCAGGAUCCCAGGUACUACUCAUCCAUCGGUAGACGGGAAGAGGUAUCUGGCGCAGGGGGGGGCGGAAAGGGGAGGCCCGUUGGCUACUUACCUUCUGUCUGCGAGCGGACGCAAGAACUUCUCCCUUUGGACAAAUACGAUUGCCAAACGUGUGGUCCGGUCCGGUGGCCAUGUUACUGGUGUUGAGCUUGAGUGCAAUGGAGCGGGUUAUACGGGGACGGUAUCGGUGACUCCGGAAACUGGGAGGGUCAUUCUCGCUGCUGGUGCUUUUGGCUCCGCCAAGUUGUUGUUCCGAAGUGGUAUCGGUCCAACAGAUCAACUUAACGUGGUCAAGAAUUCAGCAGACGGGGAGACCAUGAUUGGUUCGGAUUCAUGGAUCAACCUGCCAGUAGGGUACAACUUGAACGACCACGUCGGUACCGACAUCGAGAUCGCACAUCCCGAUGUCGUGUUUUACGACUACUAUGCUGCAUGGAACAAGCCGAUUGUAGAGGACAAGGAUCAGUACCUCAACACAAGAACUGGACCCCUUGCUCAGGCUGCACCCAACAUCGGCCCUAUUUUCUGGGAAAUCAUCAACGGCAAAGAUGGAACCCCUCGCCACCUGCAUUGGCAAGCCCGCGUUGAAGGGUCUCGAAACACCUCCAUGACCGUAACUCAGUACCUUGGCACCGGCUCAGUAUCCAGAGGCCGCAUGGUGAUAACUAGACAACUCAACACUGUCGUCUCUAUUCCUCCAUAUCUCCGUAACGAGGCCGACAAGGCCGCCGUCAUCCAAGGGCUCGUCAGUCUCCAGGAAUCUCUAAAGGACAUACCACAUUUGACCUGGAUCAAUCCCCGCCCCAAUGUAACAGCGGAGCAGUUUGUCAACUCGAUUCCCGCCAUACCAUCCCGCCGUGGCUCCAAUCACUGGAUCGGCACGGCAAAAAUGGGCACGGACGACGGAAGAACCGGCGGGACCGCAGUCGUGGACUUGGACACCAAGGUCUAUGGAACGGGUAACCUGUUUGUUGUGGAUGCUUCGAUCUUUCCAGGCAUGGUGACUGCCAAUCCAUCGGCGGCUAUUGUCAUUGCUGCUGAGCAUGCGGCGAAUAGGAUCUUGGCUUUGAAGUACUAG